AUGUGGGCCCCACGGCCUCCCCCCGCCCGACGGCUGAGCAGGAAGGGGAAGUGUGGUCUGGCUGAGGCUCACUGCUCCAGGGUGGGCGGGAGGCCUGUGGGCGAGGAAAGCCUCCUGCUAGCUGCCUCUGAGCCACUGCUGUCCCCUCAGCCGCUCACGGAUGGACACCCUGGCAACCCAGGUGGAGAGCCCAGCGGCGAGGCCGGGCUGCCCACCUGCCCACAUCCUCGGAGGGGCCCCACUGUGAUGGAUUGGUGGAGGGACAAUUUCUGGAUCAUCCUGGCUGUGGCCAUCAUCCUUGUCUCCACGGGCCUGGGCCUCAUCCUGUACUGUGCCUGCAAGAAGUGGGAAGUUGCCAAGCCCUGGGAAGAAAAGCCAAGAGAUGAAGAGAAGAUGUAUGAGAAUGUUAAUGAAUCGCCGGUUCAGUUACCCCCUCUGCCACCCAGGGGUUUGCUUUUUCCGGAACAUACUCUCCCACAGGAAAGCCCAAGUCAGCCGCCGGCUACAUACUCACUGGUCAACAAAGUUAGAAACAAGAAGACAGCGUCCAUCCCCAGCUACAUCGAGCCCCUGGACGAUUAUGACGAUGUGGAAAUCCCCGCAAAUAUGGAGAAGCAGCAUUUCUGAGACAACCGUCCCUU